AUGGAGGGUUUCAGAAAUAUCGGUGAGCUUGUAAGCCAGCAUUUCUUACUUGGACCCCUAGUGCUUGGCUAUGCAAUGCCUGAAGGACCACCUUUGGGAGCGGCUUUGGAGACGAAGGUGGAAAUCAUGGCUACAGGAAUAUUCUAUCCAACUUACCUUGCCAAUAGUGGGCUGAAAACGAACAUCUUCAGGAUUCAUCCUCGGUCUAUGUGGAUUGUGGGGCUGCUGGUCAUCUUUUCUAGCCUAGUCAAGAUAGGAGCUGUAAUGUUGCCAGCCAGCUAUUUCGAUGUGCCUCUGCGCCAAGCUUUUGUGCUUGGCCUCAUCCUCAACUCAAAAGGCAUCACAGAGCUUGUCAUUUCUCAGCAGCACCUUCUUCAUCCAUCGGCCCUUACAGAUUCUUUUCUGACUGAUCAAGAAUUUGCGCUGGUCAUGAUCUCAUUGGUGCUCAUAACAGUAGUGGUAACACCCUUGAUAAGAUAUCUUUAUGAUCCUUCAAAGCAAUACGCAGUGACGAGAAGAAGUACAAUCCAACAUUUGAAACGUGAGUCGGAGCUCCGAAUCCUAGCAUGCAUCCACAACCAAGAGAACGUUCCCACAUUCAUAAACGUCCUGGAAGUAUCAAAUGCUACAGAACAGAACCCUGUUGCAGUCAUAGCCCUCGUCCUCACUAAGCUUGUGGGGCGAACCAACCCUGUUCUUGUGUCGCACCGUCCCCAUGACACCUUAGACAACAGCUCGUCUGGCCAUAUUGUCAAAGCCAUGAGGCAAUACGAGCAAUACAAUGAAGGGUACGCCACCCUCCAAGCAUACACUUCCAUCUCGAGUUAUGUAACAAUGCAUGAUGAUAUUUGCCGGUUAGCAUUUGAGAAGAGGGGUAAACCUUGUGAUCAUGCCGUUUCACAAGCAAUGGGCCAUCGAUGGCAGCAUUGGGCACCUUGCUCCGUUGGAAUUCUCAUCGAUCGAGGGGUCCUAGGCGGGUCGGUGUCAAUGCUAGCCAGCCGGUAUAUAUGCCAUGUUGCUGUGAUCUUCAUUGGUGGUGCAGAUGAUACAGAGGCACUGGCCCAUGGAGCUCGCAUGGCAAGGCAUCCAAGUGUGGACUUAACCAUGACGACGGUAUUUUAG